GAUCCACAGCUGCAGCUCCUCCUUCUCCGUGUGGCAGCAACCACUGGUAGCUACUCUCAAGUCAGAAGACAAAUUAAUGGAGAGGCGAGAUCGUGAAGGAUCCUUUCCGGCCAUUAACAAGCUAAUUGACCAAAGCUAGCUAAGAAGAAGAUGCAGGCAGCAGCCUGCAAGCUGGUUCCGUCGAUCAUAUUAGAUGGAUAAGCUAGCUAGAUAGGUUCUGCUACUACCAGCUAACCAGCAUCGAAUCGAAUCGAACUGAGACAUGGAGGAGGAUCAGGCCGUGCCGUCGACGACGGCGGCGGCGGCGUUGCUGAUGUCGAAGCCCGCGCCGGUGCCGGUGCCGGUGGCGGCGAGCAACAAGAAGGCGAAGACGGCUCCUUUGUCGUCGUCAUCGCGGUUCAGGCGCGUGUGCGUGUUCUGCGGGAGCAGCCCUGGGAAGAAGGCGGCUUACCAGGCCGCCGCCGUGCAGCUGGGCCAGCAGCUCGUGGACCGCGGCAUCGGCCUCGUCUACGGCGGCGGCAGCGUGGGCCUCAUGGGCCUCGUCUCCCGCGCCGUCCACAAUGCCGGCGGCCACGUCACAGGGGUGGUGCCGAAGGCGGUGCUACCGCGGGAGCUGAUCGGCGACACACCAGGAGAGCUCAAGUCGGUGCCGGGGAUGCACGCUCGGAAGGCGGAGAUGGCGCGGCGGUCGGACGCCUUCAUCGCGCUCCCCGGCGGGUACGGGACGCUGGAGGAGCUCCUGGAGGCCAUCACCUGGGCGCAGCUGGGGAUCCACCGGAAGCCCGUGGGCCUCCUCAACGUCGAGGGCUACUACGACUCGCUGCUGGCCUUCGUCGACGGCGCCGUCGCAGAAGGGUUCAUCGCGCCCGCCGCCCGCCGCAUCAUCGUCUCCGCCGCCACCCCCGCCGAGCUGCUGGCCGAGCUCGAGGCCUACGCGCCCGUCGACGAUGGAGACGGAGCGGUUAAGCUGACGUGGGAGGAGCACUACUCGCCGUCAGCGUCGCCCAAUUCGGACAUCUCACGCUAGCUAGACACCCAAGAAAUUCAGAUUAAUUUGACAUACAGAUCGACAGAACCAGAUAUUCAUAUUGUUAGUUAUAUGUUUCAUUUCAUCCAGCAGACAAGCAGAUGCAACAUAUAUACACACAUGUACAUGUAUAUUGCUAAUAUAUUUUUUUGUAAAUCAAUAUAUACUUUAGCUACAGUA